GAGAGAAACCGAAGGGAGGAGUCAUAGAAAGGAGAGCAGCUGUAGCUACACUCGUUACUUCAUCUUAACCAAAUUUACACCAAAUACAGUAACACGCAAACCAGAAAAAAAAAAAAUCUAUAUAAUUUUUUCUGUCAUUGAACCAACUGUAUAUGCAGUCAGGCUAGCGCUAUGGCUAAAUCUGUGAAGUCUGGAGUUUAAGUGAAGGAGGAAGAAAAAGUUUUGUUCUUGAGUGCUUUUAGUUUUUGAAGUGGAGUCUGGGGAGAGAGCAACAUUUUUGGCUCCGCGAAAACAUCUGUAAUCAAAGAAAAACGACCUAACUUUAAACAAACAAACAAACAAAACCAAAAAGGAAGCAGGAAAUUUGUCUGGGAGAGGGAACUUUCAAACACGAGUCAAAUCAAGGAGAGUUUAAGUAAUGAGAAGCCAUCAUGGAAGCCCAGUCCCACACCACCACCGCAGCUGAGAAGAAGAAAGUUCAAAACUCCAUUGUGAAGGCCUCCACUCGAACAGAUGUUAGUGAGAAAGCAGUUGCCUCCAGCACAACUUCCAAUGAGGAUGAAAGUCCUGGACAGCCUUAUCAGAGAGAAAGAAGAAACGCAAUCUCAAUGCAGCCACACUCAGGAGGACAAGGUCUUGGAAAAAUCAGUGAGGAGCCCUCAACAUCCACUGAGGAGAGAGCCUCGCUGGUGAAAAAGGAGAUCCAUGGAUCCCUUUCCCACCUGGCCGAACACUCUGUCCCUUACCGCGGGACGCUAUUCGCGAUGGACCCAAGAAAUGGUUAUAUGGAUCACCAUUACCCCCCACCACAUCUUUUCCCAGCCUUCCACCCUCCUGUUCCAAUUGAUGCCAGGCAUCACGAGGGCCGCUACGUGUACGAGCCGUCUCCUGUCCCUCCGCUGCAUGUGCCUCCUGGUAUCGCAGGCAGUCCUGCAUUCUCCGACAUCUCCCUGAUCAGGAUUUCACCUCACAGGAACCCUUCAGCAGCGGCCGAGUCUCCCUACAACCCUCCUCACCCCUACAUUAACCCCUACAUGGAUUACAUAAGGUCCCUGCACAGCAGCCCUUCCCUGUCCAUGAUCUCAGCUGCCAGGGGACUCAGUCCCACCGAUGUACCACAUGCGGGCAUUAGCCCAGCUGAAUAUUACCAUCAAAUGGCCCUCCUGGCAGGUCACAGGAGUCCAUAUGCUGACAUCAUUCCUUCAGUAGCAACCACAGCAGGGGUAGGGGCCACGGCGCUCCAUAUGGAGUACCUGCAAGCCAUGGAAUGUUCCAGGUUUCCCAGUCCCAGGCUGUCAGCUCGCCCCAGCCGCAAGAGAGCCCUGCCUAUUUCCCCUCUCUCCGACCACAGCUUUGACCUACAGACCAUGAUAAGGACAUCUCCAAACUCCCUGGUCACCAUCCUGAAUAAUUCCAGAAGCAGCUCCUCAACUAGUGGCUCAUAUGGCCACUUAUCUGCAGGUGCAGUAAGCCCUGCUCUGAGCUUUGCCUACCCUCCUACCCCUGUGACCCUCCAGCAAAUGCAUCAGCAGUUAAUGAGUCGUCAGCCAAGCAUAGGCUCUGCCUUUGGACACAGCCCUCCCCUCAUCCAUCCUGCUCCGACUUUUGCCACCCAAAGGCCCAUCCCCGGUAUCCCAAAUGUCCUGAGCUCAGCACAAGUCAACACCGGGCCCUCUGAGUCCACACAGAACAAGCCCACUAGUGAGUCAGCAGUGAGCAGUACGGGAGACCCAAUGCACAACAAGCGCUCCAAGAUUAAACCAGAUGAAGACCUUUCCAGCCCAGGUGCAGGAAGCACGCAGGAACAGCCUGAAGGAAUGACCUUGGUAAAGGAAGAGGGAGACAAGGAUGAAAGCAAGCAAGAGCCUGAGGUGGUAUACGAGACAAACUGCCACUGGGAAGGCUGUUCCAGAGAGUUCGACACACAGGAACAGUUAGUCCAUCAUAUUAACAAUGACCACAUCCACGGGGAGAAGAAAGAGUUUGUCUGUCGCUGGUUGGAUUGCUCCAGGGAGCAAAAGCCUUUUAAGGCCCAGUACAUGCUGGUGGUUCACAUGAGGAGACACACAGGGGAGAAACCACACAAGUGCACGUUUGAAGGUUGUAUUAAGGCCUACUCCAGACUCGAAAACUUGAAAACCCACUUGCGGUCUCACACUGGAGAGAAACCAUACGUCUGCGAACAUGAAAGCUGCAACAAGGCCUUCUCCAACGCCUCGGACCGAGCCAAGCACCAGAACAGAACCCAUUCAAACGAGAAACCUUACAUUUGUAAGAUCCCUGGCUGCACAAAGCGUUACACUGACCCAAGUUCCCUCCGAAAACACGUUAAGACUGUCCAUGGCCCCGAGGCUCACGUGACGAAGAAGCAGCGUGGAGACAUCCAUCCACGACCUCCUCCCAGAGACCCUGGAAGCAACUCCCAAUCCAGAUCCCCAGGACAGCACCCUCCAGGGGGCUUCGGAGACCAAAGGGAUUACAACCACACUACCUCAAAGCAGGACGAUUGUCUGCAGGUUAAGACAAUAAAAACAGAGAAACCUAUGGCGUCUCAGCCAAGCCCUGGCGGUCAGUCUUCAUGCAGCAGUGAACAGUCCCCCAGCAGCAACAAUUCCAGCAGUGGAAUCGAGCUUGCUCUGAACAGUGGAGGCAGCAUGGGAGACCUCAGUGCCAUUGAGGAGGCCCCCAUCAUGGAUUCUACAGUGUCCACAGCAACCGCAGCACUCGGCCUGCAGGCCCGGAGGAAUGUGGCAGGGAUGAGAUGGAUGGAGCAGGUCAAAAUGGAGAGGCUGAAACAAGUCAAUGGAGCCCUACCAAGGCUGAGCCCCGUUCCACCUCCGAAAGGCCCAACCCUGCCUCCCGUUUUAGGAAAUGGCUCACAGCCCGGCUCCUACAGUACUGGCGGUGGAUCCAUGACCAUCCUUCCCAAUAGGAAUGAGCUCUCCAUCACUGACAUCACAGUACUGAACCUGUUGAACGACCGACGGGACAGCACCACCAGCACCAUAAGCUCAGCCUACCUGAGCAGCCGGCGCUCUUCAGGAAUCUCUCCCUGCUUCUCCAGCCGGAGGUCCAGCCAGGCCUCGCAGGCCGAGGGGCGGCACCACAACAUCAGCGUGACAGACUCUGCGUACGACCCCAUCUCCACAGAUGCUUCUAGACGCUCCAGCGAAGCCAGCCAGAGCAGCGGUGGGAAUGGCGGAGGCUUGCUGAACCUCACCCCUGCCCAGCAUUACAGGCUCAAGGCCAAAUAUGCUGCUGCUACUGGGGGACCGCCACCAACACCGCUGCCCAACAUGGAACGCAUGAGCCUAAAAACCAGAAUGGCAAUGAUGGGCGACUGCAAGGAAACUGGGCUUUCUCCUUUGCCACCUGUGAAUGUGCCGCGGAGAUGCAGCGAUGGCACGGCUAAUGGAUAUGGCAGGAGGGGCCUUUUGCCUCAUGAAGCACUAGGAAACAGUAUACGAAGAGCCAGUGACCCUGUAAGGACAGUAUCUGACCCAUUUAACCUCCCCAGGGUCCAGCGGUUCAACAGCCUCAAUAGUGUGAACCCUCUCCCCAUGCCUUCAUUAACAGAAAGGAGGAACUUGAGCCUCCAGAACUACAACCGCUCUGAUGGCAACCUGCGUCGCCCCAUGUAUUCACCUUGCCCCCCCAGCAUCAGCGAGAACAUUGCCAUGGAAGCAAUGGCAAUGGAAGCAGAGGGUCUCCUUAGCGAUGAGGACAUCCUGCCCGAUGAUGUGGUGCAGUACCUUAACUCCCAGAACCAGGCACUGUACGACAACCUGAACAUCAUGCCAAGAAGCGAAGGCCCCCAGGACAUCACAGCAGGCAUACCUGAUAGGUAUGACCAGUUGCAGGCACCAGCAGUAGGCCAGCAGUACCAUAGCCCUGAGCAUGAAACAAACAAGGACGACAUGCCUAUCCAGUGGAAUGAGGUCAGCUCAGGGAGCACUGACAAGUCACCUCCCAAGCUGAAGUAUGGACAGCGACCACCAGCCAGCCAGCCCAACCGUACCUUUGGACUGUUUAACAACAUGGUGGUACAGCAACAACAACACCACCAGCAGCAGCAGCAGAACAUACCUAGGGACAACCAAAAUGUGUAUGCCAUCCAACAAAAUGGCUACCAGCAAAAUAUUGAGAUGGACCCAUAUAAUGUCCAGGAUGCUUUGGGUAAUACAAACAAUGCUGGCAGUGCUCUUGGCGUACAGAUGAACAAAGGGCAACAGCAAUACAGACAGAAUUUUGGGAAGGUUGAUAAUUCUUACAACGGGUGCUCACAGAUUCAGGAUAUCAGAAGCAAUGGCAUACAGAUAGUGAAUGACAACCAACACAACAUCAUGCAGGCCUCUGUGGCAGCAGGACGCCAAAUUGCCAACAUGGCUGGUGAACUACAGCAGCAGGCACAUUCUAUCCAGCGUAAUUACAUGCAGACCCAGCCAAUGGUCCAGCAAAUGAAUGAAGGUUUACCCUUUCAAGGAUUGAACAGAGGGAACCCAAUGGCUAUGGGACAAUACCCCUCUCACUCUCUAUCUGCCCAAGGCCAAGUGCUGCAGGGCUAUUCUCAGUUAGCACCUGUUACUCAGCAAAACAGUGUGAUGUAUAAUUCCAACAGGCAGCAGCAGAGGAACAACAUGGCACAACAGGGUCAAUCGAGGAAUGGGAACCCAACAUUUCAGGGUACUAGUGUGAAGUUGGAAAUGCAGGACCAGCUACAACAGACCUCGUGCUCUGGGAUGCAGAAUUACCCAGGACAGGUAUUUGACCAAAACACGGGCGUCAAUCUGGCAGCCGGAAAGCCUGCCUCAUUCUCUGACCAGGAGAACAAUUGCAUGCUGGGUGUUACCACCAACAAUAACGAGCCCUCCGAGCUUCUGUCUCCAGGGGCCAACCAGGUCACCAGCACAGAGGAAAACAACAGCAAUAGCCUGGACAAUGUUCAGUUGGAUUUUGAUGCCAUCCUGGAUGAUGGGGACCAUGCUAGCUUAAUUUCCGGGGUCUUGAGUCCAAGUAUCUUUCAGAACCUUUCCAGGAACUCUUCCCGCCUCACCACUCCUCGAGCUUCAAUGCCAUUCCACAGUGUGCCUGGCGGCCUCACCAACAUGGCUGUUGGGGACAUGAGUUCUUUGCUGACCUCCCUUGCAGAAGAAAGCAAAUUUCUUGCCAUCAUGCAAUAGACAUUCAUGACUGGUAUAUUGAACUACAGGAAAAAGGACUUUUAAUUGACAAAAUUUAAUAAAACAAAAUCAAAGUGAGACGUGUUGUAGCCAUCUCAUCCUUGGAAAGGGAUGCUUUUAAAGUAUAUUCCUUUUCUGGAAUGAAGACUUUUUUUUUUAGCCCUUAUUUUUUAUAUAUUUUUUAUUAUUAUAAUAUUAGGAAGAUAUUGUAAUUGAAACAGUAUUCUGUGUAUUGUCACCGUUUUUGCUGUAAAGUGUAGAUACACUGCAUGUUAUAAGGUCAAAUCUAAACACUGUCUUCAUUGGUUAGUAAGGUGAUCCAUCUGGUGAUGUUGUGACUGAAGAGCAAUUAAGUGGACAUCUGCAUAGAAGCUGUCGGCACUACAGGUUAAAACGGGUUUAAAAAUCACACACAACUGGACCCAAAGGAUGUGUUUUUUCAUUCUUGUUUGCUGACGUGUAUACUUCAAAGCUUAAGUCUUCCAAGCCGCAGUAUGUGUUCUUCUGCAUACACUUUAUAUUACAUGAUUACACACACCGUCCUGAUUGGGAACUGGUAAUGGUGUAAUUGUGUAUGAGUAUUGUUUAGUAGCACAUAUAUACACUGCAUUUGUCUAUGUGUGUGUACACUGUGUGUAUGUAAUUUCUUUGUACAUUGCAUGUUCAGAAUAUUCAUUUAUUGUUUUCAUACUUUCUGUUUGUUUGUUUGUUUUACAGUACAUGAAUAUUUGGAACAUGCCAGCGUGCUUUCUCUUGAAGUUAUAGAGAGAGUAUUUGAGCCCCUGGACUUGUAUUGAAUGCAUUGUGAUAGGACAAGAGAAUAUGUUGUGGUGUGUAACUGUUAUAGUGAACUGUGGGUUUUAUUUUCUUGUUAGGAAGACUAAAAGUCUCCAAAAAUGAGGAGUUAUAUGUUCUCACAAGUCUGAUUCAGUCUAGAUGUGAGGCAUACUAUACAUAUGCAUUCCGUAGUGCAGCAACCUGUUAACUAAACGAGUUAAGUCCCAUACUGUAGGUAUAAAUCUACACCAGGGUUCAUCAACCAGGGUUAAUGUGAACCAUCCAACCUCUGAUUGGAGAAUGCCUCCUUUAAUAUCACUUUACGUGGGAGCUGAAAACUUGAUUUGUUCAGUAAAUAUGUUGGGUAGAGCAUGUGUCCACUUUUGUGGGGGUACUGUAUGAAAAGUAUUAAUGUACAAUUUUGGCAGUGAAGUUUUCUUUAAAAAAAAAAAAAAAAAAAAAAAAUGGUUUCAGUAUUUGUUGCUGUAAAAGAAGGUACUGCUUUUUAUUUAGUGUUUUCUUUUUUUAGUAGUUUAAAGUGUAAAGCCUAGGUACAGCUAUGUAUGUCAGAGAUGUACCAGUGUUUGUUGUCCCCUGAAAAAAAAUUGAAGGGCUGUGUUCAUAAAGCCUGUUUAUCAAGGGUUUUCUAUUUAAUUGUGGUUACAUAAAUGCAAGCUGAGUUACACAUUUCAGGCUUAAAGGAGCUUUCAAUGAAAUUACAACUGUUAUUCAUACAAUGUAAACAGGAUUUACUGAGCCCCGAGUGUUUAAGGUAUGUGCCUUAUUUGCGUUCGUCUUACAAAGAGCUUAGCAGGAACACUGCCCAAUUCCAUUGUAAAGUAUUAACACUGUUUGACGUUUCUUGUAACCUGUAGCAUUUCAUUGUUUGAAAACCCGUUUUGUAAGCUCUUGUAUUUCCCCAUCGGUUUUUGGAAGGCAUUGUAACGCAUCUUGCAGGCUUGUAAAAUACACAACUUUUCAUUAUUUUUCUUUUCUUUUUUAGAGUUUUUUUUUUUAUAAAACCGUAAUUGCAAGUAAUCAUUUUUUUUUAAAUCUGUAAAUACAUUAUGUGCUAUCUAGAUUUAGAACUGACAUAAAAACAGGAUUCACUGGCCAACAUUUGAUGAAUUUUACAGCAGGGAUUCGAAGGUCCAAGCCUUGGCUCAGACAGAAGGCUCUGUAACAUUGUGUGCACAGAACAAUGUGCGUUUGCUGUCAGAACCACUUAGCUCUUUUAUAACUGAGGAAAAUGUUUGUACAAUUUUAAUAAAAAAAUAACUUUA